AUGGCAUCCGUCAAGGAGGCCUACAUCGGGGAGACGCUGCAGCCCUUGACCGCGGACAUGGCCAGGGAUGCACUCCACGCCAUGUCGGAGGCCCCCGCCGACUUCAUCGUCCAGUGGCUCCGCCAACGGGUCCCGAACCACGAAGGGCCGAUGUCCCUCCGCCGUCGCAACGAGGCACUGAAGCAGGAGCCGAUGAGAGGGCGUUUGAGGCCCUGGGGCGAUUUCCCGUGGUCUCUUGUGGUUGCGUUUUUGUCGACGGAUGUGCCGGUCGAGCUAGCCAGCAUCGGAUGGGUGCAGCUUUGGGGAGAGAUGUCUGCCCUACAGGGCGACCUGGCUUCCAAGAUUACGAAGGAGAAACCUGCCGGGCCGGACUGCACCGAGGAGGAAGCAGUUGCACAUAGUUUCGCAACUCGUCAGGACCACGACAUGGACAUGCCUUUCGCGUUUCUGGGCCUCCCACAGAUGCAAGCGCCCUUCAAGCGUGGCCAGCUGUGGCAGUACCAGCCCCGCACGGACACCUGGGAGAAGGUCCUCCUUCUCCUCGGCCCCGGCAGCCUCGAGACCUUCGCCGAAACCACUGGGAAGCGCCAAGCCCGGCUCAUGCUGGGAGCCACCGGCUCCGCCAAGCCCGAGCACGAGAAGCUCCCGCCGGAAAUUGAGGGCUACGUGUUCGAAGUGUCGAACUUCGUGCAGGUGGAGCCGGCGUUGAUGCACCUGCGCCUGGCCGCAGCGACGGAGGAGGAGAGGCGGGAGUGGCUCCUGGCCAUCAACGGCCACGCACCCCGGCUGCAAAUUGCCAGACACCACACACCCCAGACACAUCAGUCUGUUCUGUUCGGUUCUAGCAAGAUCUUGGCUCAUCGGGUUUCUAAAGAGGGGCUCUUCUUGUCGCCGACUAAGACCACGAUGCUGCUCUGCAAGAUGGGGGCCACUAUCGCCACGCUUUACGCGGAGCUUCAGAGGCUGAAGUCUGGCACCGGCCUCGCACCGGCAAAGCCCGAAGGCGAAGAGAUGGCACAGUUGGUGCGCCGUUUGUCGCGGCUCGAGCAGCAGGUGCAGCCGGAAGAAGCCCAGGAGCCAAGGAAGCCGAAAAGGGAGGACGAUGAAGUUGAUCCGGCGACGGCGCCCAAGGACUAUGACUCGGCGUUGGAAGAAUCUGGAGGGGAGACGCGACUGCGCGAGUACAAGGCCUUCAGCCAGGAGUUGAAGAAGACAUAUGAGCCCAACAAGGAUCUCGUCGACAUGAUGGGCAAAGAUUGGCAGAAGCGGCGGUCGUUUUCCACGAAGAUGAAUUACCAGCCAUACCAAAACACGCUGGAGGAGCUCUUUGCAUUCUGCAAGGACAAGGCACCGAUCUUCUUCGCCAAAGUUCGGGAUGUGGCAGAACGCACGGGCGGAGAGAACGUGGAGCCGCCCCUGAAAGGCAUGCAGCGGUGCCAAGACAAAGCACAGUUCAAGUACAAGGACAAGAACGGCGAAGUCUCGUGGCACAGAUUGACGGACAUCGUGAGGGAUACCAUCAAAUAUAAAAACCUGGACGACAUGUACAAAGGUCUCCGAGCGAUCCACGAAGACGAGGAGAUCGACAUCAUCGAGUGUAACGACCGUUAUAUGAACCCGCUCGACGGAGGGUAUCGUGAUCUUCAGCUGAGCCUCCGCAUCGACGGGAUGGUCUGCGAGCUGCAGCUGAACACGAAGUGGAUGCUGCACGUGAAGGAGAACGCGGGGCACAGGGCCUUCGAGGUCUCCCGCGAGGUCAUGGCAGCUGUUGCGGAGCCGGAUGCCGUGGAGAGGUGCCGCAACAUCCUGCAGUGGGGGAAGGAGAACCUCGGUGCCAAUGCCGACGCCGAACUGCAGGAUCGUGCAGCUUUCUUACGCCCAGUCGAGUCGGGAGUGUCGCAGGCCUCAGACUUCUUCGAGAUGCUGAAUGACGACAAGAAGGGCCUGCUCCACCAGGCUGCCAAGGCGGGCAAUGCACAGCUCGUGAGCAUCUUCCUGGCCUUCCGCGCGGAUGUGAACCACACGGAUCCCAAGAUGAUGCGGACGCCGCUGCACGAAGCCAUGGCGCAGGGCCACGAGCGGGCGAUGUGGGCCCUUCUCUGUGCUCGUGCCGACCUCCAAGCUCGAGAUCAGGACGGCCAGGUGCCCCUCCUGGAUGGCCUGCUGAAGCUUCGGCAAUCGGGAGGGUAUAAUCAUGGUAGCAUCCUCCAUGGAGGCGUCGCGCGCCUCGUCUCCGUGGCCGUCCAGUGUGCAGACGGUGGUCUGGACCAGCUGCGCAAGGCGAAGGAUGACCUGGGUGCUGCCGUGAAGCGCCGGCUGGUCCAAAGCCAGGAACUGAUUGCAUCCUGCGCCGGCCUUAACGGCGCCGAUGGGAAUCUUGCCAAGGUGAAGCAGUUGCUGGCAGAGUGGGCCGACCCCAACACCCCCAGCAGUGCGAAAGACGGUCACCCCCCGCUGCACGCGGUGCUGCUGCGACCGCAAGGCCUCCAGCCAGUGCACUUCGAGAUCCUGAGGGCUCUGGUCGACAUGGAUGCCGACCUUGGCCUUACCACGGCAAUGCCAGCUGGAGAAACCCCUCGCACCUUCACGUUGCUCCACAGCGCACUCCACUCGAAAAGUGGCAAAGCACUGAAGAUGCUAGCCACCGCCGGGCUCCGGCACGAUGGUAGGCUGCUCAGCAAGGUGCUCGAUUCAGAGGCCCUGCGAAGCGAAGAGCCCUCGGUCUGGUCGCUGCUGGCGGCUGUGGAGGAGGAGCGGGUGCAGAUGCUGGACUGGUCCCUGGUGUCUGUGGGGGAGAUGUUGGAGCUGGGGGCCACCCCUGGUCAGGUCAAGGCCUUAUGCAGGCGAGCAGGGCUGGAGACCCCGGAGGAAUUCCUCCAGCAGGUGGUGCUCAAGGGCUUGGGGUCCCAGGAUCUUGGAAAGAAGCUUCGAGAAGAGACUGACUUCCUCACACCCACACUUCCGAUGCCACCUUUCGAUGCCGUGAGAGAGGCCCUGCAAAAGGCCCCAGCGGAUCUUUGGAACGACCGCGACGUGGUCCUGGCCUGCAUCAGCCACGAUGCCGCCUGCUUGCAGGAUGCCCUGCGAGCGGAGCGAUCCUUCCUGCUGGAUGCAGUGCAGCGGCAUCCCCGAGCCCUCGAGUUCGCUGGAGGCUUUCGGGAGGACCGUGACUUCGUCGCGGACGCAAUGCGGCUCCAACCGGUGCUGGAGUUCGCUGGCCCCGCGCUGCGCAGCGACCGGGAGCUGGCCCUGGAGGUCGCUCGACAGGCACCUUGGGCGCUGGACCUGGUCGAUGCCCAGCUCCAAAACGACGUGGCGUUGGCCUUCCAAGCCACGCAGGCUCUGGCCAGAUUGGGCACUCGGGACGUGGACUUCUCCCGGAUGGCGGAGCUGCGCAGUGUCCCGCAUGACUCGGCGGUGCUCUGCGCCUGCGCCGCUGGACCGAGCGGGCUGGCGGUGGGCUGCGAGGACGGCACUAUCCUCCUCCACGACCUCGGCAUGAACGAUGAGUCUACUGCAAAGCUGGCGGGACACGAGAAGGCUGUGUGCAGCCUGUGCCUGAUGUCUCAAGACGUCCUGGCCAGUGGGUCCGCGGACAGCACGGUGCGCACCUGGAACCUGCACAGCAAGGAAGCGCUGCAAGUCCUCAGCGGACACACGGACGCUGUGCGGGGCCUGGCACGGCUCAGUGACACUCAGCUCGCGAGCGCCAGCGAUGACAAGACCGUCCGCUUGUGGAGCCUCGCGGAGCCGAAAGAGUGCCGAGUGCUCCAGGGCCACACCGACUGGGUGAUGUGCCUCUGCCUCACGACGAUUGGCAGCCUCGUGAGCGGGAGUGACGACAAGACCCUCCGAGAGUGGAGCCCAGCCACGGGCGAGGAGCAGCACGUGCUGCGUGGCCACACAAGCAGUGUCAAGUGCCUCUGCGAGGCCUCGCCGGAGCUGCUGGCGAGUGGCAGCGGCGACAGCACGGUGCGGCUCUGGAGCCUCAGCACCUGGGCAGCAGUGCGGGUCCUCGAAGGCCUCACGGGCUUUGUCUUCUCGCUGUGCCUCCUGGCACCCAACCACCUCGCAGCUGCCCAUGAGGGUGGCAGACUCCGCAUCUGGUCGGUGCAGAGCGGGGAGCCGCUGCACCACAUCAAGCAAGCCCACGGCAAAGAGAUCCGAGCCCUGGCGAUGGCGAAGGUGCGGGGAGAGCACGUGCUGUGCAGCGGCAGCAUUGACUCGACCCUGAAGCUCUGGCAGCUGCAGGCCCUGGGGCAGGGGGACGUUGGCUGA